AGCACACUGACCACGCCAAUCAUGAGCACACUGUCCACUAUCAUCACGAAACAUCAUGUGUGGAGUUUCAAAAAUGUUACAGCCAAGCCUGUCCAGUCGACGUACAAUGGAGUAGCUGGAACACUUGGAGCCAUUGUUCUCGGACUUGUGGUGAAGGAAUGAUGUCAAGACAAAGACUUUGUUCAGGUCAUAGGCAUGCGCAUUACGGUCACGGCUGUUUCGGUAGUUCUACAGAAUCCAGGAGUUGUAGAAGUCGCCAGUCUUGUCCAAUUGAUGGGGGCUGGAGUGACUGGAGCCUUUGGAGCCAUUGUUCUGGGACGUGUGGCAGAGGAACGAUGACAAGACAAAGAACUUGUACAAAUCCCAGGCCGGCUCAUGGCGGUGUCAGAUGUGUUGGAACAUCUAUAGAAACAAAAAGCUGUAGAACUCAUCACCACUGUCCACCUCUUGUAGUUGUAGUCAAUGGGGGCUGGAGUGACUGGAGCCUUUGGAGCCAUUGUUCUGGGACGUGUGGCAGAGGAACGAUGACAAGACAAAGAACCUGUACAAAUCCCAGCCCAGCUCAUGGCGGUGCCAGCUGUGUUGGAACAACUGUAGAAACAAAAAGCUGUAGAACUUAUCACCACUGUCCACGUAAGAAGCUCCCUCUCCCUCUUUCUUUUGAAAUCACUACUUUUCUUGAGGAUUAAAUUUUCGUUUUCGAGGUAUGGAGAGACCUUAGAAUUUAUGGCCACCUCAAAAUAUGAGAUUUCACAAGCAUUACUACUCAACUUUUCCAAAAUCUCAAAAUCAAAUCCCAAACUAAAAUAUAUGUAAUUUUACCGUAUAUUAAUACCAA